GCCUGCCCGCGCAGACCCCGGAACGCGGCCGCGGCGAAGAUGGCGACCGCCAUGUACUUGGAGCACUAUCUGGACAGCAUCGAAAACCUUCCCUGUGAACUUCAGAGGAACUUCCAGCUAAUGCGAGAACUGGACCAAAGGACAGAAGAUAAGAAAGCAGAGAUUGACAUUCUGGCUGCAGAAUACAUCUCCACGGUGAAGACUCUUUCUCCAGACCAGCGUGUGGAGCACCUACAGAAGAUUCAGAGUGCCUAUAGCAAGUGUAAGGAAUACAGCGAUGACAAGGUGCAGCUGGCCAUGCAGACCUAUGAAAUGGUGGACAAACACAUCCGAAGGCUUGAUGCUGACCUGGCACGCUUUGAGGCUGACCUGAAGGACAAGAUGGACGGCAGUGACUUUGAAAGUACUGGAGCACGAGGCUUGAAAAAAAGUCGGAGUCAGAAAGAAAAAAGAAGUUCCCGGGGUAGAGGCAGGAGGACAUCAGAAGAGGAUACUCCAAAGAAAAAGAAGCACAAAGCUGGGUCUGAGUUCAACGAUAGCAUUCUGUCUGUUCAUCCCUCUGAUGUGCUGGACAUGCCUGUGGAUCCAAAUGAGCCUACGUACUGCCUGUGCCACCAGGUGUCCUAUGGAGAGAUGAUCGGCUGUGACAAUCCAGAUUGUCCCAUUGAGUGGUUUCACUUUGCCUGUGUGGAUCUCACCACGAAGCCCAAAGGAAAGUGGUUCUGUCCACGAUGUGUUCAGGAAAAGAGGAAGAAGAAGUAAGGAAGAGGCUGUAUGCCAGAUUGAAGAGCAAGUUAAUAUAUUUCUUCACUUGUUGCAAUAUUUUCUAUCAUUUUAAAACUACCUUAUUUUGACUGAUAUUUAAUAACUCAUUGGCCAGUUGUAAUUUUGGAUUUCCUAAAACAAGAAGCUGCUGCACCCUGUUUGCAUAAAGCAGUCUCACAGGUACUUGCCACAGCACUGGGCUCAGCAGCACCUGAACAGCCUGGGGUGAGUGUGAUCUUGGGCUGUAGACAUAGCACAUAGUGCAGGGUGGACACAUUUUUAACCUUGUAUACUGCCACCACUUUGUGACCAGAGGGUCAACCUCGUGUCCAUAGGCAGUUUUCGUCGGAGCACAGUGUUGCCUGCUGUCAUCCCGUGUUCUCCUCUGACCCUGACUGGAGACUGUGAACUCUUGGCCAAGAUACUUCUGGAAGGGACUGGUGGCUCUUCCCAGGAGGAAGUGUCCUCUGCUUCAUUGUGCACAGCCUUUUCAGUGGGAACUUCCAGUCCUGGGAAUUCACCUUCCACCUGCCUUGGACUGUCAGUUACCACAACCAGCACUGCCAAAGCAGCAGCCUGACAGCUGGGCUGAGGUUCCACUUCUAUGGGAGUUAUUGACAUUUUUUUACUGUGAAGAUGAAAUUAUUGUAAUAGCAUGAAGGUUGUGGGUCUGUGUGUCUGUGAAUUGAGUCUGUCUACUAGGAGCUGGUUUUAGAACUCUGUUUAUGUUGCAUACUACUAGACCAGCAGCUUACACCCAAGGGGACGACAAUUAUGUGAUUGAUUUGUGAGUUUGUGUGCCCAAGGGUAGUUCUGAAAUGAAGAUAGGAAACUAGAAUAUACUUUGUUUAGUCAGCCUUCAAACCAAUGUUGAACCAUCUUUUUGGAAAUAGUUGUGGGGAAAUGCAUACCUCUCAAGAUGCAUGUGGUGGCUCCUCAAGUGUGGCAGAACUCUGAGAUCUUCCUUCCAUUCAGAAAUCCUCUGGUACAUAGUCAAGUGUGUCAGGCUCUGCAAGAACCUAGGGUGUCCCACUUUUCAGUGGAGGGAAGGAAAUAAGGUAGAAGAUCCUGCAUCUGCCCCACACCAGUCCAUACCUUACAUAUCAGUUCUUGUUUAUAAAGGAUGCUGAGGACCUCCAGGGACAUUAAAGGAUGGGGUUAACUUCUGUGAUUCUUAAUGGCUCUGAGCCUGUGCAGGGUGCUACCACAAGGCCCAGACUUGGGGAGGGAGCAAGCCAGGGGUAACUUCUUGGGCUCAUGCCACAGGGAGUGAAUUGGUCUGUGCUCUUUCAGGUGACUGUAGCUGGUAGACAGCUGUUCUAGCUUGUAUCCAUUAGGUCUCCAGGCCAGAAAGAGUUUUGAAAGUGCUGGUUCUUUUCUGCAAUUCAAAGGGAAAGGGCUGCUCCUCAAGGCUAGAGAAAGGCUAGUAUCCUUCCUCAGGUUCAUAGAUUAUAGAUACAUUUUCAUAACUUGGCCUUUUGUUGAUACAGGUAUUUAAAAAUUGUAAAGAAUAAGUCAUGGAAAGUUUUUUUUUUUCUUU